GCAUUCCUUUGUUGAUCUAUCUAGAUUUUGUGGUUACAGUUACACACCAACAACUGAAGUAACUUUGAAUCACAAUGACCAAGCUUCAGUGACUGAAGCUAUGGCAAUGAUGAUAACAACAACAACAACAUCGUCUCCAACAUUUCUCUGCUCAUUUCAUUCACCUUUGGCCUCAAAAUCGUCGCUCUAUCAUCACCAAUGGCACAUACUCAAACCAAUUCAAACCCCUUUCAGUUCCUUCACCAAUUCCCUCUCUUCUGUAAAACCACUCGUUUCCAAUUCGAGAAGAACCCACUUGUGUUCCGCAGGUCGGCGAAAACCCACAAAUUUAACUACAUCUUCCUCCUUGAAAGAAGAGUAUGAUGGCAAUCUAAGAAGAGUUCUCCAAAUUGGGUUGUGGGGUGCUGAGGUUGUCUAUAUUUUGUGGCUCUUUCUGCUUCCGUAUGCUCCUGGAGAUCCUGUAUGGGCUAUCAGUUCUGAGACAGUCAAUUCUCUUGUGGAUCUUUCUCUCAAUUUCUUUUUCAUCUUGCCUUUCCUGAAUGCUGUCGGCGUUCGUCUGAUUGAUGCCCCAGUACUUCAUCCUAUGUCAGAAGGACUAUUCAACUUUGUGAUUGGCUGGACAUUCAUGUUUGCACCAUUACUAUUCACAGAUCGUAAGAGAGAUAGAUACAAAGGGUCUCUUGAUGUACUCUGGGGCCUGCAAAUGUUCCUCACAAAUACAUUUUUGAUACCAUACAUGGCUAUCCGAUUGAAUGAUGUUGAUGAUGACAGUGUCCCAAACAAACAAUCGAAUUUGGGAUCUGUUAUGACAAAUGGGGCUCCUCUUGUUGGACUGAUUGGUGGGGGUGUGUGUCUUAUAUCUCUACUGUGGGCUCUUUUUGGUCGAGCGGAUGCAAAUUUUGGGGGCAUAGCUGACAGAUGGGAGUACGUGGUUGGUUAUCUUGGAUCAGAAAGACUGGCUUAUGCCUUCAUAUGGGAUAUAUGUCUUUAUACGAUUUUUCAGCCAUGGUUGAUUGGUGAAAACCUCCAGAAUGUUCAGCAAAAUAAGGUUUCAGUAGUAAAGUAUCUUAGAUAUGUACCUGCGGUUGGCUUAAUCGCGUAUCUUCUUUGCUUGGAGCCUGAAGAGGUAUAACUUUGUGUUUUGAUGAUUACUUUACUAGUUUACUUUGCACUAAAGAAUGAUCUCUUGGAACAUUUUUGAGUACACAAACAGUUUCAUGUAUCAAUUCCUAGACCCGUCUAAGCCGUCUUAAAGAUUUGUCAUGAACUUCCUGAUGAGAGGUUUGUUUGAAAAAUUUAUUGUCAUAAAGAUUUGUCUUUUACUAUCUUCUUCAUAAGAAAUAAAUUUGUUACCAGUUUAGAAAA